AUGGAAAGAAUUCGACAGUUUUACAGUGCUUGUGAACAAGGGGCCACCGACUGUGUGCAGGCCCUGCUGGAACAAGGUUGUGAGGUUGACUGUGUGUUGGAUGAUGAGGAAAAUACACCAUUGCAGGUGGCAGCAGCAAAUGGUAACGAGCAAGUGGUCCGUCUGUUAAUUAUGAGGGGCGCCGGCCUGGACAAGUCAAACAUCUUUGGGUGGACCCCACUUAUGCAAGCAGCCAGGUAUGGCCACGUCAACAUUGUUGCUCUUUUAGUCCAGCACCAGGCAGACCUUCAUGUCAGGACUCGCUACGGAGCUUCAGCACUAACUCUGGCUGCCAAAGGAGGACAUCUCCAAACUGUGAAGUGCCUCAUUGAAGCCGGAGUCGACAUCAAUGGAGUAGGGGACGGAUGUGAGUUCACGCCUUUACUGGUGGCAGCACAACGUGGGCAUGACACUAUUCUCCGUGUUUUAUUAGACAGAGGAUGCGAUGUGAACUUUUGUACUCCUUCCACGGGCCUCACUCCUCUCAUGAUUGCUGCUCUGAAUGGGCACAUGACCACGGCACAAAUAAUCAUUGAGAGGGGUGGCGAUCCUAACAUGACAAAUGUCUGCGAUAAAACAGCCCUGGAGAUAGCAACCCUUCGAGAUAAAAGGGAAGUGCGAGGCUAUUUAGACAGGAAAACUACAAAAAAGCCAAAAACAUCAGCAGAUGAUGUCAAGCCUGACAUCAUUGAAGCAGCCAAACAAGGAGACAUUCAGCGAGUACGAGAGGUUCUUGACCAGGACCCAUCGCAAAAGGAUGCUUCUUCUCCUGAAGAUGGAGCUACACCGCUCAUGUUUGCUGCAAUGACAGGCCGACUGGACAUUGCUGAACUGCUGGUGAUGAAGGGCUGUGAUGUCAACAAGCAGGACUUAAUCAGUGGAUGGACAGCACUCAUGCAAGCCACCUACCAUGGGAAAAAGAAUGUUGCAAUGUUUCUACUGUCUAUUGGAGCUGAUGUUAAUGUUCAGGCCAAGAAUGGGUGUACUGCUUUUGACAUGGCUUCACUUAUAGAUGAUGUGGACACGGAAUUGCUGCGACAGCUUGCGGCCAAAGCCAUGCAUGUGAACAAGAUUGACAAAAGCAAGAAAGGACGAUCCAAAUUUAAUGAAAGUAGCUCAUCCUUUACCUCAGAUAUAAGUAUGGAAGCUGACAAUCCAAAAAGUGGUUUAAAGGGAUGGUGGAACCGUAUGUCAAACCGGUUCAGAAAUCUCAAACUGGGCCGGACGUUCACCGGAAGCAACAGACUAGUUCCCUUAGAAACAUCGACCUCGGUGCAGGACUUGACCCAGAAACCAACAGCUGUUACUCCUCAAGUGCAGUCUGCCCGAUUGGAGCGUAAGGCAUUAGUCAAGCCAGUUCAGACUGGCUUAUCUUUGACAAGCUAUGACAGCAUCUUGUUCGACACCAAACAGUCUGCAUCCUUGUUUACUCUGAAUAUCAACAGGGAGUCCAGAGAGACAUUGAAGCCUGUGAUACCACCAUUUCUACCAUCUCCCAGCUUUGCCCUGGACAACUCUGACCACUCACAUCGACUGACUUCCAACUUUAGAGCCUACAAGAACGGAGAUGAAACUUAUAGCUCAAGACCCCUGGCGCGACCGAUGAAAGCAUCAAGCAUGUCUACAGGGAACCUCAACAGCAGUGAAGCAGUGACUAACAACAACAACACCAACUACAACAGCCAACACAACAACAACAACGACAGCAACAGCCCAGACUCAUCAGGGGGCAGCAGCAGUAUCACUGCUCUUCAGACAAAGAUGGCUGCCCAUAGAAAGUAUGCUGCUCUAGGAAAAUCCAGGCCAAAUGACUGCAAUAACACUGCAGAUCUAGCGAGAGGCCCUUUGUUUGUACCAAACGCCAGCAUUCCAGUACCAAGAUUUUCUCCCUUCUUACCCCAUAGCACUCCGUCGAGGUUGUUUAUGCCAAG